AUGCCAGCUCCUGCGAUUAAACUGCCAGGCCGAGUGAGUGGCGGAGCCAGCAGCUUGGGACCUCCUGACCACAGUGAAAAGGGAGUGUGUGGGUUUUUCAGUCGUGUCCUUGCGGGUGCAGUUGACCAUGUGGAAAACACUCCGGCUGUUUUGGAGGCAAAAGCACAGCCUAAGCCAUGCGGAGUUGGUCGUUAUUUCCUGCUAGUGGUUUAUGUAAUUUACGCCUUUUUGACGGCUCGGGUCUAUUUUGCAUGGCCUAACCUUUCAAACCUGCUUUUCAGGUCCAACGCAUAUUCGUGGCUAUGUGAUUCUUACUUAGCAGACGGCAAGCCGGAUAUGCGACUGGAUAUCAAUGGGGGCAAACGGUACAUAUGUGAGGAACAAAACUCAGCAGUGGGCAAUAUCUUUGUAACCUGCCUGGCAUUUGCCUUCUCCUUUUCACUGGCUGCUGGACUGCUCCUCGACUACCUAGGACCCCGUAUCACUGCAACCAUAGGGCAGGUAAUGAACGCGCUAGCAUGGAUCCUGCUGGCUUUUGGGUCAGAGUCGUCGCAGACGUACUAUGCAGCAUUUAUUUUCAUGGGAAUCGGCUCCGAUAUUGGAUACCUCCCGCUGCUCUCUGCCGCCAAUCUCUUUCCGGGGCAUGAAGGGCUCAUUGUGGCGAUCUUGGGGGCCUCGAAGAGUGCAAGUUUUGCCGUGCCGACGAUUCUGGACAAGAUUGAAGCUGGCUAUGCUGACAUUAGCUUGAGGAAUGUUUGCCUGGGAUAUGCCGCCCUAGGUCCUGGUUUGUGCCUCAUAUUAGCAUUUGUUUUAGUGCCUUACAAACAUUUCAAGCCGUGGAAUGAGUUCACGGAAAUCGAAGAGGGAGGAGCGUACCACCAUCCCAUCCAGCGAGUCAAUGAUUCCUUCGCCUCUAUUGAAGCUCACGCUUGGCGGGACAGUUUCAGCAGCUUUCAUGAGGGACAGUGGCCGCUGCAUGCUCAUGAUGGACACUCGGGAGGGUCAGUUUCGGAGCCUGGGCGGCGAGGCAAGCACUUUCUGGAGGUUCCUAGGCCGGGGCCUUUACGGAGCGGCCUGCGGAAGAAAACUCUCACACCAUCUGAAACAGCGGGAACAGAAAAGAAAGAGGUGAACGGCGAUGACGAACGGCAGAGGACAGAGGCUGCCCCGGUCAACGCAGAACAAGUGGAAGACGUUCCAGCAAUCUACCAAGCCACCAGAAUGAGCGUAGAAAGAGGAGGAGCCGGAAAUGCAGAGACGCUGAAUCAACUAGCGGAGACGAAAGAGGAGAGGCCUGUGUCUUUCGUCAGGCAGUUUAUCUCUUCGUAUGCCAUAUGCAUCGUUGUCUACUCUAUCCUUAAGGCCAUCAUGUACGCAUUCUUUACCACGGCAGCAGAAAAUCUUCUUGGAAAGCAGGUCAAUGACUUUAUGGGGGCUGCAUUGCCUUUCUCCCUCUUCCCCUGCAUUGUCAUAGGCAAGGUGGUGGACAUGGUAGGCAUUAUGCCAAUCUUGUUUUUCUUGAAUACAUGUAUUGCUCUAGCUUACGGCUCCCAGAGCUACUGCUUUGUGUCUGAUACAUUCUCGUCGUCGCACUUUGGGAAGAUCGUAGGGACGAUUCACCUGAUAGCAGGUUUCUUGUCGCUACUCAAAAUCCCCAUGCAAAAGCUGGUGGUAGAUGUUUUCCACUCAGUGUACUAUUAUCCUUGUCUAAUCAUGCUGAUGCUUUGCGGCAUCAAUUACGCAGUGUUACUGGUGCUAUUGUGCAAAAAGCGUGCUAACCCGCACCCAUUCUGGCCUCAGGCCGCCAGGGAAGUGGCCAGGCAGGAAGCGGAGGAGAAAAAGAGGCUAGCACAAGAGAGGAAAGAACAGAAAGCUAAUGCGAAGAAGGAAAAGCAACAGCGGGAACUGGAGUUGAAAGGUACACAACCGACGGCCGUCUAA